CGGUAGCCGCCCUGGCCCAAACGCCAGCUUACAAACCAUCCUCGUCUGUUUACCUCAUUUGUAACGAUGAUGUGAGACCGAAACCGCUAGCUAGCUAGCCUAGCUAAAGUAACGAGGAACCGGUAAGACAUGGAGGGGGAAACGCCUGUGAUGGGGGGAGAACACAGACAAUGGCGUCCUUUUACGCUUCGCCUCUUGUUUAGAUGUUUGUUCUCACCUGUUUGCCGGAAAAGCAGCCGUUAGCCUGUUAGCCUGAUAGCGUGCUAGGCGGGCUUCAGUGGGUUCGUGUUUCGGUGUGACUUGAUGUGGCACAACCCAACAACAGUCGCUAACCACUGGGGUUAAUUUAUAAGUUAACACCUGCUGUGUCAUACUCGUUUGUUUGUUUGUUUGUUUGUUUGUUUGUUUGUUAAUAAUAGCACCGGGCUUCUGGGUUAAGUAGCCACCGCGUCUGAGCUAACGCUGCAGCUAGCGGAACCGCCUGGCCUGGAAUGGAGCCAGGCGGCUUGAGAGAGAGCCCCGCCGGGUCCGGGGAGUCAGAUGGGGGGGAUUGGAGGGAGGUUAUUCCCGGUGGGGAUGAUGAGGAGGUCAAAGCCGCAGAAACUAAUGGAAACUCCCUAGAGUCGGCGCUCAGGGACGCCUGCGAGGAGAGCGACAGUGACAAACAAAAAUGCGUGGGAGAGCAAUUGCACAGCCCCUACGAGGAGGAACUGGACCCCAGAAUCCAGGAAGAGUUGGAGCAUCUCAAUGAAGCCAGUGCAGAAAUCAACAGACUAGAACUGCAGUUGGAUGACGCCAGAUCAGGGUACCGGAAGAUCCUCACAGAGUCUGCCAGGAAGCUGAAUGCUCAGAGCUCUCAGCUCGGUGGCUGUAUAGAGAAAGCGAGACCCUACUAUGAAGCUCGUCGCCUUGCGAAAGAGGCCCAGCAGGAGACCCAGAAGGCAGCUUUGAGCUAUGAAAGAGCAGUUUCUAUGCACACAGCUGCCAGGGAGAUGGUCUAUGUGGCAGAGCAGGGCCUGAUGGCUGAUGGGAAGAACACCCUGGAUCCAACUUGGCAGGAGAUGCUCAACCAUGCUACCUCCAAGGUGAAUGAAGCCGAGGAGGAGCGACUCCGCAGUGAGAGGGAGCACAUGCGUGUCACACACGCCUGUCAGGAGGCUGAGGCUCGUGUUCAGAUGCUGCAAAAGUCCCUCAAAAGAGUUAUUGUGAAAUCCAAACCUUACUUUGAGCUCAAGGCCCAGUUCAACCACAUACUGGAGGAGAACAAGGCCAAAGUGCUGCAGCUGGAACAGCAAGUAGCUAAAGUCAAGACUCGCUAUUCCAUCGCCCUGCGGAACUUGGAGCAAAUCAGCGAGCAGAUCCACGCUCAGAGGGGGAGGGACCAGGCCGAGGGCGGAUGCCCCACUGUCUGCGGUGGGCGGAGUCCCCCCGUUGGAGCGGAGUCUGACAUCAGAGUUAAGAAAGAAGGCGGAGCCUGCAGCGGUGGCACGAUGGGGACAGAUCGGGUGGAUGCAGCCAUAGACCUGGAGAAAUACAAGGAGAAGGAGAAUGAAAAGGAGAGGGAGCGGGCGGGGUCAGAUUCCCUUUCUGUGUUCAGCCUGCAGACCAUCGCUUCCGACUUGGAGAAAUAUGACUCCAUUGAGCACCUCGGGGACCUCAGCGAUGUUGGGAGCGUGACUGGGGAUGAGGUGGAGAAAGAGAGAGGCGGAGUGAUCGAUAGAAGAGACAAGCUGACGGAAACAUCUGCCAAAGAGCGUCAGCAGCAGUUCUACAAGCAGCACCACCGAAGCUUCAGUUUGUGAGGCUGUCAUAGGUGUGAACGCUGCAAGUAAAAUGUGAGUUAUAAAAAAAAAAAAGUACAAAUUAGGGUAAACAUCCCUAAAACAUAGGUACCAACCAAAGCAUAUGACAGUGAAUUAGCUGCAAAUGUGAGACUGCAGCGGUGCAGUUGUAGGUGUAUGAUACUCGGGUGUAAAUAAGCACAUGACUGACAUUAUUCUAAAGCUGACACUGAUCAAUAGUUAACAUUGCAGCCUAGAUAGAACACUAUUGAAAUCUAAAGAGCUUUUCAACCCUCCAGAACAAGUAGACUGUAUGUUCACUCACUGUGGGGGCUUCUGGGUAGAAUUUUUUCCUUGAGCAUGAAGAUACAGCGAAGAAAGAUCAAAAGCCCCGUUCAAACAGACAUAUUUAGAAAGGCAUCAUUUCUAACUUUCCCAGGCUAAUCGUUGAUCUAAUUCGGAGAGACUGGUGGAAACAAAUCUCUCCAUUGUUUCCCCCUCCAGUCGUGGCGAGUCUUAUCAGCGAUUGCUUCAAGGUAAGAGGGUGGCAGGGUCUCUCCAUUACACACUGAGAUCCACAAUCAUAUCUGCCCUCAUCGAGUUAGUUUGUAGGGGAAAAAUGACAAAAACGGUUCUCUGUCAGCACAGAGUGAAAGCAUGUUUGAAUUCACAUUUCAUAUUUAUUUCCAGUAACAUGCUGCAAGUAGUGCUUUGCUAUUUUUGGCACGAGAGAAUGCGUUUUUUGAAAAUUCCUGAAAUGAUGAACAGAAUGAAUGAGUUUAACUCUUUCCACUCCGACAGCAUGCACUCCUCGUUGGCUAUUUAAACUGACAUUUAUGACAUGUAUUCAGGGCUAUAUGCUGAAACAAACACUGACACCAUUAAAGCUAAGAUGAUGAAGCUCAGCCAUGUUUUCUUUUCUUUUUUUUUUGUUAUGCUGUAGUCUUAUGAUUCAAAGGCCUUUCCCAAACUUUUGUUUUAAUAUUGUUUACAUUUUUAUAAGUGGAUUUAUUUGGCAGCAAAUGCAUUUCCUUUUUUUGUUUGCCUUUUUGAAAAAAAAAAAAAAGCCCUUGUUGUAAUUUGAAGUGUGCCUUGACACAGAACAAUUAACACAUUUAGCAUGAGUAGUACUUGUCGUAAACUCAUCUGUAGUUCUGUUAAGAACCAUUAAAAGUGUGUGCCCUUGUAUGAGUUUUAAAAACAUUUUAAUCAUCAUGCAGGCACAGUUUCCGAUGAGACUUGAAGAGUUUCGAUUUUUAUUUUGGUUUUCUGUAUUUUCUUUUAUGAUGUUGUACUUUGAUUGUCAAAGUGUAUGAUGCAAAACAAUGAAGUCAAGAAAUGACUUGUAAAUGUAUGUAAUUAUUACAAAGCUGGGAAAUAUUGACAUGUACAGUUACAUGUGUUGCUGAUUUGAAUAUUUGACAAGUUUGUUGUACAGAUGUUCUGGAUACUUACAGGUAUGUAUUUAAAUCCUUAUCGUUGCCGUUUAUCUGAAACACCUAACCUUCACCCCCGUCUUAUCAAAUAGUCUUCACCCUUUUAACGGCAUUUGUGAAUUAGUCAAAAUGUCAACUCACUGUUUCCAAUUUAUGCAUUGUCAUAUGUAUAAUCAAUAAACCAGAUCAUACCUCU